AUGGGGAAGGGUCGGAACAAGAACAAAGACGGAGAUGGCGGCUUUGCCCCAAACCAUGCCAACAAGCGAAAAGACAAAAAUGAGGAUUACGAUUCGGACAGUGGUGAAUCAAUGUCCACCCACAUAACCUUUGACGAGGAUCUGCAAAGUGUUAGAGGUGACAUCGAUGGGGAUGAAGACACAUUGAUUGACUCGCUCAGCGAACAUAUUGAUAAUGCUAGCCACAAGAACGUUGGUAUUCGUACAGCUGCGCUGAAGCACUUGCUUUUUGGCCUGACUUCUCGAUAUUUGAGCGACGAGGUUGCUGAGGAUAUCUCCGAUUCAUUGGGUCAACUGCGCUUCAUCGUCACUGACCCGGCAAAGAAUGAUGCAAUCCGGGCCCAUUGCGCGUUGUGCUUGGCGCUGGCAACGUAUUUUGGCACCGAUAGUGACGAAUUGACGGCACUUGCCCUAAAGGCGCUCCGACAAACCUGGACCGCCACAAAAUCGACGGCCGUCAGUUGGCGACUCUUCGAUAUUUCACUGGCCAGCUGGGCGUUGCUCUUACAGGAUGGCCCCACGGAUGCCUUGACCUCCGCGAUUCAGGAUCAGCCGAAGAUUGUCGGCUACCUCGAGGCGAACUGCACAGAAAUUAGGAUUGCUGCCGGUGAAGUUUUGGCGUUUUUGUACGAGUAUGUCGAUGAUGCAAAGCCGGGCUUCCGAUUCCCGAAUCACAAUCAUGUACAAGAGAUCCUGGAGACAUUGUUGGCCGACAGCUCCAAGUCCAAGGCAAAACGCGACAAGAGGAUACAGAAAUUCAGUCUUCGACAAGUGCAAGUGUUCAUCGAUGGUGGCGAAUUCCCUUCGCUGAAAGUCAAGUUCAGCACCCAGGAGAGUCUGGAACUUGAUUCUUGCGCCAAGAAGCUGCUCUAUGACCUAUGCACUGAUCUUCUUCGCGGCGGGAUGAUGCAGCAGCUGAAAGAAAACGGACUGUUGAGAGACUACUUUUCGCUCGGUGCCCCCGUGCAAGCCUCCGGAUUUGAAGACAAAAUUUCAAAGGCCGAACGGUUAGGCGUCCACGGUGCCGCCGCCAAAUACCGACACCAAGUGCGGUCGAAACAACGCGACAAACGGACCGCCUAC